UUUAAACGUAGCAGACCAACUCGUAUUUCAGAAUGCGCUGUGCCCGACCGACCUCGCUUGUUAGAGUAUCCCGGAAAACAGCGAAUAAAGAAGAUUCUUCUGAAACUUCCACAGUAGUAUGGCAGUUAUUACACGGAGAUCUUGGGUGUUUCAGGGUGCCAGGGCCUUAGGAACCCUAUAUGGAAACAAAUCAUUGCGUCACCACGAUGGAAUUCCGGUUCUGAAGAGGAAAUUGAGCAAUGGAAAGGAGAGUAAACUUGAAGCUCUAGUGACCUUUGGGGAAUCUAAGCGCAUUAUACGCUUUAAGAAGGGAGACGAUUUGAAAACCUUUCGUCAUCAUUUCCUAAGGGCCUUCUCUGAUAUUCUCUCAGAAGAUGUUGCUCCGGGGAAUGUUAAAUUUCAGAAAUUUGAUCACAACUUCAAUGAAUAUGUGGAAGUCAAACAUGACCUAGGGUUGGAAGAAAAUGACAAGCUGAAAGCCAUAGUCAUUCUAAAGAACGAGAACAAGGCUGCACAAAUAUCUUCCGCUGAGAUUCAACAAGACAUGGAACCCCAACAGUGGCCCCGAUUGUGGCCCCAUUGUCACAUGGUGUAUCCAUGGCUUCCAAUAAACAAUUUAGGGCCGGGUUCGCCGAUGUUUUCAAGGCCUCAUCCAAUCAAAAAAAAUACCACAUACCAACUUUGGAGCCCAGUCAGCAAGAUAAACGACGGUUGCAUUGAACGUCAUUCGCAGACUAAUAUAGUGAAUUGCAAAGGAAAUUUCAACGGAGGAAUUAACACUGUUAUGAAAGCUAUUGAUGAAACAAGCAUUUUGACCUUCUACGUGGCGCUUCAGUUUAAAAAUAGUUCAGAUAGAAAGGACUAUGUACUGACUGGAAAUGCAGAAGGACAGGACAUUACCUCAACAGAGGUACAAAUUGGAGUGCCACUCGACGAUAAAUGUAUCUUUUUGCCCCUUUACUACUGGAGUUACACCAUGUUCCAAAACAAGAACGAUAAGAACCUAUACCUGGGUUGCGAUCACACUGGAAAAGCAACAUUGGUGAAAAAUGCU